GUCUUUGCUUUGGGAGGUUCGGGGGAGGAGAGACUUCACCAGGGGCAGGAGGUAUUUACCCCCCCUCCCCUCCCCUCCCCCGAAACUCCUCUCCGUGGGGGAAGAGUUGGGAGCGAGCCCCGGGCUAGGGGCUGCCUGCAGGCCUCACGGCGCUAACCAGGCCCGCCCGGCGUUUUGUAUUUGUAAUGAUUCCCACCCCUCCCCGUUCCCCCUCUUUGCGCUUAUGGGCUAAUUACUGCUACUCCGUGGGGAGGGGGGAACGGAAACUUUCCACUUGUUACAGGGCUUUGCCGGGGAUUUCGGGAGUUGGGCGAUGGGUGUGCCUUUCCCCCUGCCCCAGUUACAGCUCUGCAUGUCCAGGCAACCGGGUACCGACAGCCCUCCAGCUGCAAGCUGUCAACCUGAUGAGAUUAUUUGCCAACAAUGAGUAUUCUCUUUGAGAGGAAAUGAUUUCAUCAGCAGAUACAGAGCAGGCAUUGAAAUAUACAAAGAUUUCAGUGGUGUUACCAUCAAUAGUUGUUGGGUGUGAAAAUCCUUGAAAACGAUUGAGUAACUGGAAAUAAAAACAUUUUCUGAUAGAUUUCCUUUGACGAGGUUCAUCAUGACUACAUCAGCUAUUAGACGGCAGAUGAAAAACAUAGUGAAUAAUUAUUCUGAAGCUGAAAUUAAAGUGCGUGAGGCGACCUCCAAUGACCCCUGGGGACCUUCUAGUUCUUUAAUGACUGAAAUUGCAGAUCUAACUUACAAUGUUGUGGCAUUUUCAGAAAUAAUGAGUAUGAUAUGGAAGCGUCUUAAUGAUCACGGCAAGAAUUGGCGACAUGUUUACAAGGCUCUGACGCUGUUAGACUAUAUGAUAAAAACUGGAUCUGAAAGAGUUGCACAACAGUGCAGAGAAAACAUAUUUGCCAUUCAGACCUUGAAAGACUUUCAGUACAUUGAUCGUGAUGGCAAAGAUCAAGGCAUAAAUGUACGUGAGAAGUCAAAGCAGCUUGUAACUUUGUUGAAAGAUGAUGACCGGCUUAAGUCAGAGAGAACGCAGGCUCUUAAAACAAAAGAACGUAUGGCUCAAGUAGCCACAGGAGUAGGAAGCAAUAAUCAAAUUACUUUUGGUCGUGGGUCUAGCCAGCCUAACCUGUCCACCAGUUAUUCAGAACAUGAGUAUGGAAAAUCAGGAGGAUCACCCGCUUCAUAUCAUGGUUCAACCUCUCCACGAGCUUCUUCAGAGUUGGAACAAGCCAGACCACAAACGAGUGGGGAAGAAGAACUUCAACUACAGUUGGCUUUAGCCAUGAGUAGGGAAGCAGCAGAACAGGAGGAUCGCCUUCGCCGUGGUGAUGAUCUUAGACUUCAGAUGGCCUUGGAGGAGAGUCGCAGAAAUUCGUCUGUAUUAGCAGGCAGCACUGCUCCGAAGAAGAAGAAGGCAUCAAUGGUUUCUCUUAUGGAUCCCACUCCAGCAGCAACGUCGAAGAAAAAUGGACUCUGGGAAAUAUCUGUGAGACCGGUUCUAAUGGACAAAACUGAUCCCUGGGGAGGAGCAGGUAGCCCAGUAGCUUCUGACCCAUGGCAAUCACUUGAUUCCAAACCGACUGCCGCUAUUGAUCCUUGGGGUGCUUCUACUUCAUCUGCGCCACAAACACUUAAUAAAAGUGUAGACCCAUGGACUUCACAGACCACAUCUGCUGCUGUGGCAUCUUCAACUGAUCCCUGGGUAUCAGGUCCAUCAGCUGAUUCUGUUUCUGGGAGUACAGCUUUUGACCCCUUCAGUGCGUUAAAUGGUGCGGUAAAAGAUGACUUUGCUGAUUUUGAGGAACUCCGGGCUAAUUCAAAAAAGCCAGGUGAGACCGAUGUGUUGGGAGGAAGUUCCAGACCAAGUGGUUCAAUUAGCCCAGAUCUCCUUGACACUCAACUCAGUAGUUCAGCACCAGCAAAACAGACUACAGCUCGGAAAACUCCAGAAUCCUUUUUGGGCCCUAAUGCAGCUUUAGUGAAUCUGGAUUCUUUGGUAUCCAAACCUAUCCAACCUUCCAGUACAUCUAAUCCUUUUUUGGCUUCAGGUUCAGCUCCAGUCCAGACCACUCAGAUAAAUCCCUUUCAAGUUAACCAGCCACAACCUCCUACUCUGAACCAAAUGCGAGCAAGUCCUUUGAUGGCCACAGGACAGUCUACAUUUGGUACUAUACCUUCAGUUAAUAUGGAGACUACACUCACUUCCAUGUCAGCACCAGUGGCAAUGGGCAUGGUUCCAGUGCCAGUGAUUGGUAGGAUGGGUACACCAAUGAACAUUACUGGAACAAUGCCCCAGACACUUGUAUCUACAGGCAUUCCUCCGCCUACAUCCCAGCCCUCUACAACUAACCCUUUCCUAUUAUAAAAGACCAGAGGAGAUAUCUUCAUUUGAGUGAAAACCAUGACAGGAGUUUGGUUAGUUGUGUUAAAUGUAGUCUAGACUACAUUUAAGGGCAUGGUGAGGAAACCUUCACAGUAGGUUUGAGUUUUGCUGUGUUGGCUUUUAUGAAGUACAUAUUGAGAGUGGUUAUUAUUCACUAUUUUCUGAAGAAGCUGUUUGCUGCCAAUGGAGGUAUCAUUGUAUGGUGACUGAACAUGUAGUUGAACACUAGUAAAAUGAAUCUAAUAUUCAUACCUCCUCAAUUCUCCAGUCCUUAAGUGCAUAUUACAGUUUGUCCAAAGGUAACAUAGUCUUCUGUGCAGUAUAUUUAGUUUUUGCAUUUCUCAUGUCACCGGUUUCAAAAACAAAAGUCCACUGACUGUUUUCAAGAGUUGGAACUUUGCUUCUUAAUCAAAAAAAAAGCAAAUCUGAAACUUAAGUAUCCCAAAUCAGAGCAAGUAUAAUAUCUAGAUUUCCUCACUGACAAAUACUUCAAACCUAUUCAUAGCAGUAAGAAUUUUUGAAUUGUGCUGUGUUUUAAAUAGGCUGCUACGAAGUUGUUUUUGGAUUUGGACUGUUGCAUGCAUCUUUAAUUGCUUUUUGAAAUAACAUUCUAGGCUCCGGAUGUUAUUUUAGCAGAUGGUAUUGGCUGUUGUUCAGUAUUAAUCAUGGUUCAGCACUGAGCAGUUUGAAAUUCUUUGUGGAGUUGUGCUAAUUAAAAAUAAUAAAUGCAGUUAUCAGGGAUAAACUCUAUACUCAAGUUUCAGAACUUUUAAGGAGGGGUUUUUAUGUAAGGGAAAAGUUGCACGCAUCAGUCUGUUAUUGAAAUCUAAAAUGUGCUACUUACUAGCUAUUCUCUAGUGCAAAACACAUUUAGGUGAGGUUGUGUUUACCAUUGUUAAUGCAGUAAUAUAGAGAGUUUAAAGGAAAAUACAUCAGUGUAACUUUGGAUUCUAGGUGCUUUCUUUUAGGUUUUACUAAGUAAUGCAAACAUUAUGCUAUUUCAGACUCCAUGUUGGUAUAUGCAGUUAUCCUGUACACUUUGCACAACAGUUUUAAUAGAUAAACCUUCAUGUAAAGGUCAAGUAGCCAAGUUAUGAGUCUGUACCUUGCAACCAUAUUGUAGUUUACAGAAGUUUUAUGCUAUUUUUAAUCUUUCUGUCCAGGGACUUUUGGUAAGACUUUGCCAGCGUGUUUUUUAUCUGCUUUAAAAUAUUGUGUUGACAGGUGCCAUAAUGUGCGGUCCAAAUGGUAACUUUGGUUUAUUAUUGAGAGAGUGAAUAAGCUCUGCAUUUUAGAAAGGGUAAAGGGAAUCCUGUAAUUGAGAGUAUACACUUGUAUUAUUGUGUUCAGUAUGUCAUGUUGCUUCAACACUAAGUUCAACAACAAGUUAAGUUUUGUAAUUCAAAACAGAUUUUCUUUGUGAAUGAUUGGAUGAUUAGACUGGUUACUUAAGGAUGAAUUGCUAUGCAGCGAAGGUAAAUAGUAGUCCUACACUUUUAUUUUAAUAACUUAUAUGUAAACAUCAGUGACCAGUCUGUGCUUUGCUCUUAUGAAGAAUGAGAAUUCAAAUGAUAAGUUUUCUAUCUGGAUAUUUUAGAGUGUGAGUUUUGCAGUUUCAUUUGGUUUUGUUGAUUAGCUAGGAAAUGAGUUUUGUACAUGUGGCCAACAGCAAGUUAGUAUUUCUUUGAAAGGGAAUGUUAAAGUCUUGUCCUUCCAAAAGUUCAUUUACUUUUAUAAAACAAUAACUUGGAUUUCUAAAUGAUUCAUUAAGUACUUAGAAAUCUUGAAUGAUUUGAUAGUGAACAAUCUGGCAUUGUAACAGUAGUUAUCAGUAUUUACUAAUUGUAAAUAUCAGUUGCCAGACGCUAUAUCUUCCAGUAAUCACUUGACAUGCACAUAUUUCAUGCCCACUUUUGAUGAAUAUUCGCGAACUUUAUCCUACUUGGAUUUAGAAGUUGUCACCUGCCAUUCACGCUUAAGUGAAAUACUGAGUUUUAGCUGAUAUAAUUUUGCUUAGAUACAGGAAAAGAAAAUACCUUCAGUAAUAAUUUAAAAAUAUGGGUGUGGAAUAAUUGUUUAUGUGUCAAAGUAAUUUGUCUAGUUAUAGCAUAUAGCUAUGGUGGUAUGCACCUUAUUUUUUAAAAAAAAAGUCAUUCUUAGCAAUACAAGUAUGGCAUAUUAUAUAACUAGAAUUUUCCAAAUUUCUGAAAAUGAAAAUUUUAUUGCUUUUAAGAUUGACAUUAGUAUAUGCAUUUUUAUAUUCAGAAAGUGGGCGUCUGCAGAAAGUGGAAAUGCCACAAUAAAAUUCAUGCUAAGCAAGUUCAUUUGAAACAUGACCCUGUUUGACCUUGCACAUAUAUAUUUAUAUUCUACAAUUCCAAUUAUUUUGAAUUGAUUUUAGUUCUUCAAAGGGUUCAUGUGAGUGUGUGAGAAUAUGCAUGCUAAAGAGUGCAGCCACUACUUGUAUAGUCUUGCAUUUAGUCACUAAAAUGUAUACAAAGCUUCUGGUAAGAUUUGUAUUAAUUGUAUUCAUGUACUGUAAAAUUUCUUUGCUGUCAUUUUGUUAAUAACUUUGCAUCAAUGUAAAUGAAUGGUAGUCUACCAUCUGUACCUGUUGUGUAAUAUCAUGUGUAAUGUAAACUGUAUUGGGUUUUUACUAAAAUAAGUCAUAUAGUCAAAUUUCGAUUGUCACUUGCAUAGUUAUGACUUUAAAUGCCUGUUUUUUAAAUCAUAAACACACAUGAAUUAAGUAAGUCAAGGAACUGGAAAAUCAAUGUAAGACAUUCAUUUGGAAAGAGAAUGACUCCGUUGAUGGAAACUGACACAUCACAUGCCUGUUUUUGCUUGUUCCCACAGGACUCAAGUUGGUACUUUGUAACAGCACUCCUAGCUGCCAGAUGUAUGAUUUAGACUGAAUUUCUUUAAUAUUUUUGAUGGCUAAUCACCCAGUGAGUUUGACACUGGCCUUAAGUAUUCAGUGAUGUGCCAGAAACAUAGUUUUGGAAAAACCCAAUAAGUAGUUGUGAGGUUGAAUGAGCUCUUCUGUGACAAAAUACUUCAAGAAUCUUUACUAAUUUAGUGUUCAAUUAUUGUUUUUUCUCUUGACUGGGGUUAUGGAAGUGAUGAAUAACAUAUUAGCCCAUAAAUGCAGAAACAUAUCUCCAGAAAUGUUUUUUUUCUGUGGAUCUGAAUCUGUAUCCAAUACCACAUCCACCUAUUAUGUUCUGAUAUUCAAAAAUUUACAUCUUUACUCCUGCACAGAGUAUUGGAGAUGGGGUGAUGUGCUACCCGCCGUACGUCAGGAGAAAUCACCACCAAAUUCCAGAAAACAGUAAGGCUCAAUUGGAAAAAGUUAUUCUGCGUAAUGGGGGGAAUUUCAGAGAAAAAUAACCAGUGGUGCAUUAAGCAGUACUCUUGUUUCUUAAUUGUUACCACUCUUAUCAACCUGUUUUAAUACCAUUUUUAAUUGAAAGAAAAUCUACCUGUUUUAGUUUUACAUACAAAUUUAAAUUGCAUUAAUAUUACAGUAUCCAUUAAAACUUUGAUAAAGCAUUUCUUCUAAUAAAUUAGUUGAGCUACAAAAUGUGUAGUUACACUAGCUGAAAAAAAUUGCACUAUUGAGCAUAUUAUUUAUAAUGUAGGAUCUUGUGAAGAAUUUUCUGAAACUUGGGGAAACUCACACCUAUACCCGAAUAAGUAUGUAACAUGCUUCCCCUUAUUGGGCAUCUAAGUUAUGUAUUACUAUCAAUGAGAUAGUAAGCACUUGGAUUUUGUCAGUUGGGCUCUUCUCUCUGGGGAUAACAUGAGGAAAUACAAGAAGUCUGCCACAAAAUGACAGACCAUCUGGGGAAAAAAAAACUCUUUGUAGGUCUUUCUGUUCAGCCCCAGACCUAAAUGUGAGUAAGUUUAUUGUAUAUUCUCUGUCUGGAAUGUGUGUAGUGAAUUUUUUUAAAAAAAUUCUGUUUUUCAUACUCUGGAGAACUUUGGCUUCCUCCAUUGUCCAUGUCCCCUAAUUGUAGGUUUCACUUUGAUGGCUUGGUUUCGGACACCGCUACAUAAUUUGAAUAAUCAUUUCUUAUAAUCCGGCUGUGUACUUUGUACCCUACUCCAAUUUAAGAAAUGCUGUCAUCAACACUUGGCUCUAUGAUUAUUAUAUCUAAAUUGCAUCAAUGAAAAUGUUAGCUCAGAAUUGAUGUAUUAUACUAUAUAAAAUAUAAUGGAGACAUACAGCCAAAACAUCUUAAUUUUGCGUACACUUAGGUGACAGUACUUAAGUGGUUGAUGUGUACAAUUCUUCAAAAUAUUUAGUUUUUUUUUCAGUGUGAAAGCAUAGGUAAGAAAGGUAUCAGUAUAAUGCUGAGAGAGGAAAAAAGUAAUCUAGAUUUAAUAACAAAGACCAUUGGAGGGACUAGUACCUUUUUGAUUUUCCAGUUGUUUGGCUUGCGUAUUAUUAGGCAAAGGACAGCUAUGUUUUUUUUUUAAAAAAAAAGGACUACUGCACAUAAUGGUGAGUAACCUACCUUUUUCAUGUAUGUUCUGUUCAUCCACCUAACUUAAUUCAUGAUGCUGGGAGCGGGCUGCUUUAUAUGGUAUUGUGCUCAACUGUCAUUACUGUAUUAUAUAACUUAUCAUUUGUACUAUUGUAACAUAUGUUCUGUAUCUUUUAUUUUCUAUGUAAUGGUUUUGUAGCAGAUCAGUUAUUGUUUUUGCCAUUUAAACAGCAGCAAAGAUCAGGAGCCUGUUGCUUAAAAUAAGGAAAUUAAAUUGUCAGUAUCUGUAA